UGAAGCAGAUAGUAGGUCAAGUUUGAACCCUUUUGAAGAUUAUAGAAACUCCGGCCUUGAUCUUGCUAAUGCAGUUGAGAAGGUGUUGGCACCUGUUAGUUCUAUGUCAAGCAGAGUGAUGCUGCCAAAUGGCACCUUAACAUCGACAAGUGAAACAUUAGCCGAAUCCAAUUCCUUCCAAAGGACUGCUGCUGCAGGUCACUCUUUGUUUCAAGAGGACGUUGAAUUCGUAGGGGCUGAGUUAGAGGGUACAGAGAAAGCAAUGCAACAGGCUUUCAAGGAGGGCAUUGUUGGCGAGGCAGGGCCAUUGAAGAGGAAUAUCAUCCCAAAUAUUGUAGCCGAAGAGAAUUCAGAUGACACUGGAACAAGAAUGAAGGAGUUUAAUGAUGCUAACCACUGGAGGGUUGAUCAAGAGGUUGCAGUGUUGGAAUAAGAUUUGGUUAUUAACGUUUGGUCAGUCGACCUCUCAAAGUUUUGAUAUGGU